AUGUCAACACAGACCACACAUCCGGGAGAGGUGUCGCUCUCGAAGCUGUUAGCCACAUUGACAGCCUCCCUACACCCUCAAACCUACGUUUUCGCGGUGCUCAAAGACGAGUCCAAGCUCCCACCAUUUUCAGAGGUCGAAAUGCUCUUUCGUGAAGCCAAAUCCGAAGGCAUCACUGUCAUCACUACUCGAGACUAUGCCGAAAGUGUUGGGCUUGAGUACGCUUUCCCAUCACGAAAGAUCACUUUGGACGUCACGUCGAGUCUGGACGCUGUAGGAUUCAUUGCUAUUGUUGCAACGAGGCUUGCGGCUGCUGGUAUGGGUGUCAACCCCAUUAGUGGAUUCUAUCACGAUCAUCUGUUUGUGCCUCUAGGAAGAGAGCAAGAUGCGCUCAAAGUGAUCUCUGAAUUGGCCGAAGAGAACAAGCGAGAAGCUAAAGCUUGA